AUGACCUAUCACCUAAAACAGCAGAGGGAUACGUCAAAACCACAGCGCUUCAUUCAGCUUCAGAGGGAGGAAGCUCAGUCGUGAAAGGAGUCGCUGCCGAGAGGACAGGCUCUAUUCCCUCAGUCAACACUCAGUCGGUCAUUACGAAAGUUUUUUUACUUUUAAGCAAACGGACGCACACACGGCUCGCGUUUGUGAAGGACGGCAUGGACGGGCUCCUCGUAUCGUAUGCAAAUACCGCUGCUGACGUCGCUGGUCAUGUGGCUUUUGGCGUAGAUCCCCCUGCGCUCGCGGAUUUUUUUUCGGCCGUUGUCUUUAGGGUUCGGUUCGAAUCUUACGGUUACCGAACCGAGCCGCUCCUCCUCCGCUCGGAAAAAGGGGGCACUUUCAGGACAAGGCUGCUCGCACCGUCGCCCCACACUCCACCAUACGUGGUCGGACAGGUGCAGAACAGGACGUUCUCUCGAAGGAAAAGUGGUGGAGAAGCAAAAGCUUCUACACCAUUACCUUAACCCACACCCUGUUCUCAGGGGAGACCAUCUCUGACUGAUCGUGUGGCCUGGGAUGCAGUCUCAUGAAGUCGCCCACUGCAGCUGACAUUAAAAGUCAGCAGAAAUAUUCACCUUUAUUCUUCAGACAAAGGUCCACCCAUCAUUCAUCAACAGUCCUCCAUCAAGGUUGCACUGUCACAGUCCCAGACUGUCAUGGCUAGUCGAAGAAAGUCCACAACUCCUUGCAUGAUCCGGCCAAGUGACUUGGUGGAACAGGAUGACAUGGAUGACUGUACAGAUAGCCCAGUGGAGAACGGAUCCUCAUGUGUGCCUGCCAGUGAGAACUGGACUGACAAAAAGAAUCACGUAAGCACUACACAGGAGAUAACUGAGCCGGCGAAACCUGAGGCACAAAUUCGGCCUCAGAAAAAAGUGCAGGGGGGCUAUGAAUGCAAAUACUGUACCUUCUCCACACAGAACCUUAAUGAGUUCAAAGAUCAUGUGGAUUCCACCCAUCCUAAUGUCAUUCUUAAUCCUCUGUAUCUGUGUGCCGUCUGCAACUUUAACACAAAAAAGUUUGACACAUUAACUGAACACAACGAGAAAUGCCAUCCUGGAGAGAGUAAUUUCAAGUUCAAGAGGAUCAAACUCAACAGUCAGACCAUUCUGGAGCAGACCAUUGAAGGUUCAAACUGUGCAGUUAUUUAUGAUGCUACCAGUCCUCAGUCUGGAGAGGAGCUGUCCACUUUUCCUCUUAGCAAAUCUAUGUCAGUGAAGAUAGGUAGACCGAAAAUUGAUGGCAAGCGGUCAUCGUUAGACAGUCAGAUGGAUAAACUUACCCCAGAGUUACCCAAAAAACAGAUCACUGCAGUGAACGUAAAUGGAACGGUCAUAAUCCCAGAUGCGACACUUAAAGAUGGACUCUCUCACAUAAUGCCAUGCCUGCAGCGACCCCCAAACUACAACUUAGUACCAAAAAUAGCUGUCCCUCUGAACACCUCAAAAUACAAUGCAUCUCUGGAUGGCAACCUCACUCUCAUCACGUCCUUCAAUAAGUUCCCUUACCCAACCCAAGCUGAACUCUCAUGGCUCACUGCAGCUUCCAAACACCCAGAAGAACAAAUCAAAGUCUGGUUCACGACCCAAAGGUUAAAACAAGGCAUCAGCUGGUCUCCCGAGGAGGUUGAAGAGGCACGUAAGAAAAUGUUCAACGGAACAAUUCAGCCUGUUCACCAAGCAUUCACAGUCUUGCCUGCUCAAUUAACCCAAUCCACGAAAGCCUCACAAUCCCUUAUUCAAACCGUUCCUUGCCAUGUUCUUGGACAGUCCGGCUUGGUGUUGACACCAGUUGCCAAUGGGUCAAGUGCAAAUUGUGCUCCCCUUGCAUUAACGGUUGCAAACCAAACAGCACAGGCUGUUAAGAGACCCCUCACAGCCCCAGUGGUUGCACCCGAGGUGAAGAGGCCUUCAAUAAUCCAAACAGUUCAAACUACUUCCAAGUCUGCCUCUCCUACACCCAGUUUUUCUUCAGAUUGCAAAAAAACUCCAGAGCAGAUUAGAGAGCUUACAGCCAGUUAUACCCAGUGCCAGUUUCCUGAUGAUGAAGAAGUGUACCGUCUUAUUGAAAUGACUGGCCUUUCCUGGGGAGAGAUCAAAAAGUGGUUCAGUGACCAGCGUCAUGGAAAGGGAGGGCAGCCAGUAAAGAAUGACUUUACAUCAAAAGAAAACCUGCCUCAGAAACCUGUUGCCACACAGUUUCCACUUCUGGAAAGAGUGAAGGGCAAAUCCUCUGAGCAACUGAAAAUGUUAGAGGAGUGUUUCCAGAGGAGCAGCCUGCCAACACAAGCUGAGAUUGAAAACCUUGUGGCUGACACCAGACUGUCGAAAACAGAGAUUGAUGGGUGGUUCACGGAGCGCCGUGCUCUACGGGAUAACCUUGAACAGGCCCUGUUCAACUCCAUGGGUUCCAAAAGACUGGACAGAGGAACUCUGAAUGGAGUUCAUGAGCAGGAGGCUCGAGCCAGGUCCUCUCCCCUUCCCCUUCUAUCCACAUCUGUGUGCCCUGAAAUCAACACCAAGUCCCUUGGCCUUCUUAAAGACGUUUUCUCUCAGACGCAGUGGCCGUCGCCAGAGGAAUAUAACCAGCUGGAACUCCAAACGGGACUAGCUCGCACAGAGAUUGUACGCUGGUUCAAGGACAACCGAUCUGCCCUAAAGAAUGGAACCUUGGAAUGGAUGGAGCAGUUUCAAAAUCUGAGCAACAAAAAGCACAAUGGCCAGAACAGCUCAUCAAUAACGGAGCCAGCCCAGAGUGUCUUGCAGCGACAUUUCCAGGAUGCAAAUAUACUAAAAGGAGAGGAUGUGGAGAAACUAGCAGAGCGUUCAAAACUCACCAACCAGGACAUAGUGAAUUGGUUUACCAGCAAACUGGGUCACAACAUGCCAGACAUCAGCAAAAGCAAGGACCAACAUGGGCCAGCAAGUGUGGACAAUGGAAGAUGGGUUAAGGUUUCCAUGGUCACUGACAAUGAAAGGAAAGAUUCUGAGGCACAGAGAGUGGCUCCAGACCUUGAAGCGCUGACAGCAGAACACAUAGUGACCGGAUGAACCAAGAAAGGACAAAAGAGGCUGCUAUGAUAAACCCUAAAGGGGGAACAGAAAUAAUCACAUUGACAUAUUUGGAACCAAUGAUCUUAUACCUGGACUCUGACAUCAUCAGAGAAAAGGAGGACUGAGUGUAUGUGAAGCACUGGCCAGGGACUGACCAUGGAGUGCCAAAGUCAGACUGCUAUGUUGCUAUUACUACUUGGGUGUUUUUUUUGUUGUAUUAUUAUUAUUAUUAUUAUUAUAAUUAUUAUUUUUUUUUCUUUUUUUAGAAAAAGGGCCCUUGUAAAUAAUUUUCCACAGAUUUGUAAAAUUUUCUGAGGAUGAGAGUUUUGUUACAUUUAUAAUACAGUAGGUGUCCCCAAGCCAUUUUGCUUAACCCUUACAAUGGAGUAUUUAGAUCUUUUGUCAAGGGGCGAUAAAGCGAUUCACCUGCUGAUAAAUGUGGUCAUUUAAGGCACUUAACAUUUCAAGUGGACUAAGACAAGCGGUGCUCUUUUGAAAUCCAUCUCAUUCCUGAAACGAGGUGAAAUUAUGGACUUUUCUUUGGACCAUAGAAACAUUGCCUGCAGUCUCAUACUGUACUUUACCGCCAAGGGGCCAAAGCCACAUGGUGGACAUAAUCAUAAACUGAAUUCAGUGCAGUGAUGCACAAAACAUGUUUGCAAUAUUACUAUCAAGGCAGAAUCGUGUUGGCUGGCUUUUUCUGGUAUUCAAGGCGUAGUUCCGUUUCAAUGUCUCGGCUGUGGCCUGCUUUCUGACAGCUCAGUGUAUUCUUUUCCCCUCUUGCCACUGCUCUAGCGUCAUGUUCAGACAUGUAUCAGGAAUACUGUAUUGCUAUCGAGAAUCUGCUUGCUCUUUCUUAAAGAAAAAACGUCUGCUGUAACUCAAUAAAACACAACCGUUUGAAAAGGCCAUUCAUAACCUGUGGCCAUUUCUUCAAACACCAUGUUCCUGGAAA